UCCAACCGCAGCCCCAAGAUGAUGAAUAUCGCAGUACUCGUAAGCCUCUGCGUUGCCGGCGCUCUAGCCAUUCCUAACGGUGGUAAGAAAUACGGAGGAUAUGGCGGUGGACUCGGGGGUUACGGAGGUGGAGGAUACGGAGGUUUUGGCGGUUCCGGUUUCGGCGGUGGAUUCGGCUCUUAUGGCGGUGGAUACGGAGGCAAGAAAUACGGAGGAUAUGGCGGUGGACUAGGAGGUUACGGUGGUGGAGGGUACGGAGGUUUUGGCGGUUCCGGUUUCGGCGGUGGAUUCGGCUCUUAUGGCGGUGGAUACGGAGGCAAGAAAUACGGUGGAUAUGGCGGUGGAUUCGGAGGUUACGGUGGUGGAGGAUACGGAGGUUUUGGCGGUUCCGGUUUCGGCGGUGGAUUCGGCUCUUAUGGCGGUGGAUACGGAGGCAAGAAAUACGGUGGAUAUGGCGGUGGACUCGGAGGUUACGGUGGUGGAGGAUACGGAGGUUUUGGCGGUUCCGGUUUCGGCGGUGGAUUCGGCUCUUAUGGCGGUGGAUACGGAGGCAAGAAAUACGGAGGAUAUGGCGGUGGACUAGGAGGUUACGGUGGUGGAGGGUACGGAGGUUUUGGCGGUUCCGGUUUCGGCGGUGGAUUCGGCUCUUAUGGCGGUGGAUACGGAGGCAAGAAAUACGGAGGAUAUGGCGGUGGACUCGGGGGUUACGGUGGUGGAGGAUACGGAGGUUUUGGCGGUUCCGGUUUCGGCGGUGGAUUCGGCUCUUAUGGCGGUGGAUACGGAGGCAAGAAAUACGGAGGAUAUGGCGGUGGAUUCGGAGGUUACGGUGGUGGAGGAUACGGAGGUUUUGGCGGUUCCGGUUUCGGCGGUGGAUUCGGCUCUUAUGGCGGUGGAUACGGAGGCAAGAAAUACUGAGGAUAUGGCGGUGGAUUCGGAGGUUAAGGAGGAAAGAAAACGACGGACUGACCAGAUAUGCCCCACAGUGCUUUAUCACUGAAUGCAUGACCCUUAUUACGUGUUAUUGUUGCAUUAGCAUGUAUUUAAUAUAAUCUUUGCAUUGAA